AUGUCAACACCUUUAUGGCGUCGAGAUGGAACAGGUCAUUAUUUGUGUAACGCUUGUGGUCUUUACUCAAAGAUAAAUGGUAUGAAUCGACCACCAAUUAAACCACACAAAAAGAUUCCCAAUAAUCGUCGGGCCGGAUUAUCGUGCUCAAACUGUGGCACUGGACAAACAACUCUUUGGAGGCGUAAUAUUGAAGGUGCGCCCGUUUGCAAUGCUUGUGGCCUUUACUUUAAAUUACACGGUGUCCCACGUCCGAUGACGAUGAAAAAAGACGGCAUUCAAACGCGAAAACGUCGACCGAAAAAUCCAGCAGGAUCAACUAACACAAUCCAAUCAACAAAUGGAUUAGUUAAUCAAGCAAAUAAUCAUCAUCACCAUCAACAGCAGCAACAACAACACCAACAACAACAGCAACAGCAACAAAUUCAAAACCCUCACCAAUCCUUACAAUCACAAUUAGUUCAAGCCUCACAAUCUCAAUUAAUGCAUCAACAACAACAACAACAACAACAACAGAAUCAAUUAGUUAAUCCAUCAUCAAAUAAUCCCCACAUUCAGCCACCGAUGAUCGUCAUGCACACAAGUGUAAUACAAUCUUUGACUUCACUCGAUGAUUAACCAAAUCGACGAAACAAUUAACUUUCUGCGCCUUAGCAAGUUGUCAAUUCCGUCAGAUGAAACUAGAACGGCAACAAUCAGAAUCGAUAAUCGUUCAUCUAAUUUUGUCAUUUGUUUCAAAACAUUUUUUUCUCAUUAAUAACUAAUCAAUAUAAUCAUUAUUUGGAGUGGAACCAUUGAAAAAAAUCUAAUUUCUUUUGCUCGA